CCUGGUGACCAAUAACCACCACCCCUUUUAUCAAACGGCAACAGCCGCCUGAUUUGGCCUUCUCUUUUCCAACCACCACCAACCCUUUGUCGAGGUUGGUGCCUACGAACGGAAUACACCUCGUUUUCGAUCGACACAACCCCUAUAACUCCAUCAAGCACCAUCGACAAAACCGCCCCCGUCUAGAAAGCAUCAGCAACGCCUGCUUCAGACAGCCGCCCACCAUGCGCGACCCCUUCCCCAUCGCCCCGAUCCCGGCCCUCUCAGCCUGGAUCCAACCCUACGCCGACGCCCUUCACCUCCCCACUCUCCCUCUGCACAUCCACGAAGUCCUCGGCGCCGCCGCCUUCUACACCUUUGUGCACACCAUCCUCUCCCCCAUCAUCUCCAACGCCUUCUUCUCGAAAUACUACCCCAAGAACCACCGCGCCAGAAAGGCCAACUGGGAUGCCCAUGUCGUUUCCCUCGCGCAGUCAGUCCUGAUCAACGGGCUGGCGCUAUGGACGAUGUACUAUGACGAGGAGAGGGCCAACAGCGACUGGGAGCAGAGAGUAUGGGGGUACACUGGAGCAAGUGGCAUGAUCCAGGCUCUGGCAGCGGGAUAUUUCGUCUGGGACUUGGGAAUCACGCUGUUGAAUCUGGAUAUUUUUGGUUUGGGGCUGCUGGCGCAUGCGGUGAGCGCGCUGGCGGUAUAUACUUUUGGAUUCCGCCCCUAUCUGAACUACUACUCCUCCAUCUUCAUCCUCUACGAGCUCUCCACCCCGUUCCUGAACAUCCACUGGUUCUUUGACAAGCUGAACAUGACCGGUUCCAAGCCGCAGCUCUACAACGGGAUCGCGCUUUUGGUCGUCUUCUUCUGCUGCAGACUCGUCUGGGGAACGUACCAAUCCGCUGUUGUGUAUGUUGACAUGUGGAAGGCUGUGCAGAGGGGCCCCGAUGCGGGUUACAUUGCUGCCGCGUUUGAGAAGGCUUCUGGGGUGGACAAGAAUUUGAUGCAUUUUGCCAAGGAUGCGGGGCCGGUGCCGGUUUGGUUGGCGGUCACGUACGUGGCGAGCAAUCUGACGCUGAACACGCUGAACUGGUAUUGGUAUUUCAAGAUGAUUUCUGCGGUGAAGAAGAGGUUUGAGCCGGCGAAGAAGGAGAAGGCUGCUGUUCCUGCUGGGGGUAAGGGGACUAGCAGUGUGGCGACGGGGCCGAUGGUGGGGGAGAAGCAGGGGCUGAGGCAGAGGGAGCACUCGAUUGAGGAUGUGGUGCCUGAUUCGGAGGAGCUGAGGCAGGGGACUAUUCAGUAGGGAUGAUGUGUGAAGGUUGAGAGGGACGUUGGAUAGGGGCAAUGUGGGGUGUAUAGGGGGGGUGUGGUGUUGGUUACUGUGGCCUGGGUUUCUGGGUGAUGAUGGACGGACGGGUGGGCGGGCUGUGUGUAUAGCUGUCGAUGGUUGUUGUUGUUUUUUCUCGUUUUUGCUUACCUCACUACGUAAUCAUGGGAUAUGGAGUAUUCAAGCUGGCAUUCGGUCGCUUUUUUUUUAUGUCGUGUAUGGUGUGUGCACACUUUGGACUGGGAUUCGGUUUUUUGGUGAUGAUGGUGAGAUCUUUUUACGAGCCUUGUUUCUUUCUGUCAUUGUUCGGCAGGCUCUGCUGAAUACUGAAGACGGGCGGGAGUUUACCUACCUACCUUAUCUAGUUGUUCACCCUGGGUACCAAGAGAAAGGAUUAAACUGCUUAACCAAGGUGACUGACGUUUCUGUGGGUUGCCCCUGAUGUUGUUGUGACAUGUGCCU